CCGGAGGGCGAGCGAGGCGAGAACAAUCCAAAAUUGCUGGUUUCUCUCCAGCGAGAAAACUUUCCUUGGGACGACGGAAACUUUUUCCUGCGCGCGCAGAGUCUGGGACAGAGGCGAGCGGCGGGUGUACGCGGCUCGGCUCCUGUGACUCACGCCCGGGACCCCAAGGGGGUGAGUGGGGAAGUCCCUGGAGGGCCUGGAGUCAUCCUUCUGCAACUCCUCAGACUCGGAAAAUAACUCUCCUGGCGUGAUCUGGGGGUGGGAGUGGGAGCACCGGAGACAGCGAGACUGAGGGGAGACUCCGCGUGGUUAAGGAACCUCCGCAUCGGAUGCUGUAGGCGGGGAGGUAGACUACCAAGAGGUGCUGGCUGACAGUAGGGUUUUAAGACACCCCAGCAGCAGCGUUGAGAGAAGCCUUUCUUUCCUGUGGGUGGCCAGAAGCUUCUGGUCCUCAAGACACAGCUCAAUCCUCACCUGGACUUAUGACCCGCGGCCUUGCUCCCCUCCUGCCCAUUGAGUUCCACAAGAUGGGCUCCUUCCGCCGGCCUAGACCACGAUUUAUGAGCUCCCCUGUGCUCAGCGAGCUGCCCCGAUUUCAGGCUGCCCGGCAGGCUCUGCAGCUAAGUUCCAACUCAGCCUGGAACAGUGUGCAGACGGCUGUGAUCAACGUUUUCAAAGGGGGCGGCUUGCAGAGCAAUGAGCUGUAUGCACUGAACGAAAGCAUCAGGCGGCUGCUGAAGAGUGAACUUGGAUCGUUCAUUACUGACUACUUCCAGAACCAGCUUCUUGCAAAAGGACUGUCCUUUGUGGAGGAGAAGAUCAAGCAGUGUGAAGGUGACAAUCGCAUUGAGGUUCUGGCAGAAGUCUGGGACCACUUCUUCACCGAGACACUCCCUACCCUGCAGGCAAUAUUUUAUCCGGUUCAGGGACAGGAGCUGACCAUCCGCCAGAUCUCCCUGCUGGGCUUCCGGGACCUGGUCUUGCUGAAGGUGAAGCUGGGUGACUUGCUGCUGUUGUCACAGUCCAAGUUGCCUUCUUCUGUUAUACAGAUGCUUCUCAUUCUACAGAGUGUUCACGAGCCCACAGGCCCAAGUGAGGGCUAUUUGCAGCUGGAGGAGCUGGUGAAGCAAGUGGUGUCUCCCUUCCUCGGCCUCAGCGGGGACCGAGGCUGCUCACGCCCCACACACUCACUGGCCAGGAGGCAUUCCAGGGUCCGGCCCAAGGUGACCGUCCUGAACUAUGCCUCUCUGAUGACCACGGUUGGCCGGCCACUGAAUGAGAUGGUCUUGACCCCUCUAACAGAACAGGAAGGAGAGGCGUACCUGGAGAAGUGUGGCAGCGUCCGGCGGCACACAGUGGCCAAUGCCCACUCGGACAUCCAGCUGCUGGCUAUGGCCACCAUGAUGCACUCAGGGUUGGGGGAGGAGUCUGGCAGCGAGGACAAACACCUGCUCCUGCCACCCACCUUCCCACCACCACACCGCCAAUGCUCCAGUGAGCCCAGCAUCCUUGAUAGUCCUGAUGAACUGGAACUGGAAGAUGUAGCAAGUGGCAGCCAAGAGGACUCAGAGCUGAACUGUGCUUCCCUCAGCUGAGCCACCACCUCCAGGGACCCAUUCCUGCUUUAAGGCUAGGAUGAGGACACCCUUCCUCCUCCACGGAUCAGCCAGGGGCUCUUGCAUUGGGCAAUAUUGCCUUACUUCCUUGAGGGCACAAGUCAAGUCUCCAUGCCCUUGGGAAACACCUGCUGACCUCCCCACUCUGGUGUCUGUGACCAGCUCCUCAUGCCACCGUUGUUCUGACUCCCAGCCUUGCCUCAUUCACCUGGAUCCUCAUCUCUGGGCCUUCUGCAUCCUAUUGGACUGACUGGUACUCCUAGGAUAUAAUGCUCUGGCAUUAUUUUUAUAGCAGAAGGUUGGGCUACUACACACGAGCAUCUAAAGUGUGCCAAUCUCUGUAGUUUCUGUUAUGAUCUUAUGAGGCAGAAGCCAAUGGGUGGAAAAAACAGUAAAGAUUCUGUGUAGCAUGGAAGUCAGCUGCAGCCCGUGUCGUACACGGUACUGGGAAUGUGGCCUCAUCACUUUAAUUGCAGAGUUACUGGGAAAGCAUUUUCCCACUCGUGGGCGAGGGUUCAUUCUUAGGAAUGUCCAGAUAUCAUGUUCUGUCUACAUCAUGGACUUUGGCCUAGGAGACCCUAUUAGACUGGCAUGGCCCUCUCUUGCAUUAAGCCUCUCAGCCUGUCUGUCUCAGGCUUCCUCUCAGACUCUGGGAAUGAGCCUCCUCAGUCACUGGUGCCUUACUCUUUCUCCCGUUUCAAGAACUGACCACUUUUCUGUUGUGUAUACGAGAGGCUGCUGACGGAACCUGACGUAGACUGUACCUGGAUUUCACUUGAAUUUUUAAAACGUGUAUUGCUCAAAAAAUGUUUGCAAAUAUUUGCACACAGGGUCUUGCACUGUUCAUUUCCAGUGGAGCGUGUUUGCACACUAAACACAGGUGGACCCCUUCAAAAGGCGGUGGAAUCGCUCAGAACAAAAGGAUCAGUAGUAGGUAGGACUCUCAUACCUCAGAGCUCUAGAGGAGCCAGAACUGUGUCUGGAAUGGCCUGUGUUGUGAGUGUCUUGGCUUCUAGGGAAGGCUGUGCUGGGGUCAGGAGACUGCCUCUUCAGCAGGGGAGUGUUGUGGCUGGACUGUAUCUGCUGUACAUCAGACAGGGAGAGAUAGGGACAUGGAUACGUUUUACUUGCUCCCUGAGAUAACAGAAGUACCCAGAAGUCUCUGGAAUCCCUGUCACAUCUGCUUCAUGUUGCUAUUUGAGGCAGCAGACUUUAUUUCUAUGCUAGGUCCUCACUACUGCCCCCUUCAGGCUGGGGAAAGGGAACAUUUUAUCUACAUUGAGACAUGCUCAGAUAAUUAUCUGUUGAUCUUGCUAAUAGAAGCUCAGAAAAAUAUAGACGUUUUCUCCU